AGCACGCGCUCUCUCUGUUUUUAAAUAAACUUAUCAUUCCGAUCCUACAAUAAAAGUUUUACAUACCACAAUUACUGACCUGGAAAAAUCGAGAAAACAACAGGCCAGCACAACACCUCAAGUAUGAGGAUUGCCACGCUACAGUUCUCGCCGCAACUAGGCGAUGUGGAGGCAAACAUCAGGCGAGCAGACCAAUUGUUGAAACUUACUACCAGCAAUGCCUCAGAUGAACCGGGGAUUGUGGAAUUGCAGCCAGAUAUUCUGGUGUUACCGGAAAUGGCAUUUUCAGGGUAUAAUUUCCCAUCUCUGCAGGCUAUCAAACCUUAUUUAGAGAUUCAAAAUGAAGGGCCAUCUGCAGAGUGGGCUAAAAGAACAGCAUUGCGGCUGAAAUGCAAGGUCUGUGUCGGAUAUCCAGAGGUAUUUAGGGAAAAGUCGACAAGUGAAGACGACUCUAUCAAGUCGGAGACAUAUUACAACUCUCUACUUGUUGUGGAUGAAAUGGGGCAGUUCUUACACAAUUAUCGAAAACGCUUUCUGUACUUCACCGAUAUGUCCUGGGCAUCAGAAGGCCAACCUGAAUGGAGCUUCAAAUCACUAGAAUUCAACACAUCGUCAACGAGAGACAGCCAUGGGUACAAAUUAGAUGUGCCAACUACGUUUGGGAUUUGCAUGGAUAUUAACCCAUACAAAUUCGAAGCACCAUUUACAGCGUUCGAAUUCGCGAAUCGCGUUCUAGAUUCUCAGUCCCAUAUGGUUGUUAUACCAACCGCCUUUUUAGUUAAUGAUGCGACGACGAUUACGGCAGUGCCUGAAAAGUUACCGCAUAUGGAGACGUUCAAUUACUGGCUUCAACGGUUCUGGCCACUAAUCGAGAAAAAGAUAGACUAUUCGACGCAGCUGGAGGAGUUUUCGACGCCAACAGAAAAUAAAAUUAUUCUAGUUUUUGCCAAUAGAUCGGGUGUUGAGGAGGGAAAGGAACCUGUACCUACAGCUACAUAUGCAGGAACGAGCUGUAUUCUUACAAUCAAACAAACGAUACGCAGCGACGGAAUAACAAAAUGGAAUGAUGAGACUCGCAGUUCAUUUGACGUCAAAAUUGAUUGCUGGGAUAUCAAAGGAGCGAGAGAGGAAGGAAUUUGUUUUGCUGAUACGAGGGCAGAGCCAAAAAUGACCUUUGUAACGAAACCACGGUCCGAGAACGACAGUGAUGAGAAUGCUGCCGAAUAAUCAAAAGAAAUACUUCUUCAGGGUAACCCUAGAAUAACGGGGCAUGUAGCGAGCCUGCUCCAAACUAAGCCAUAUUCGUCUUCAAAAGUUCGCGCUAUAAUCCUUGUAUGACGCUAUAUCGUAUUAACCCGAUAUUAUAUAUACUAACAUCUGAUCAUAUGCUAGUAUGGUAGGUUCUUG